GCUUAAAGAUUUUUAUAAAAUAGAGACACCAGAGAAAGACUGAGAACUAAGAAACAGGACACUGGGAGUGAGAAAAAAGGAGAUAAAGUAAGAAGAUAUUGAAGCAAACCUCAAGAACUUCAAAGUGACGGUCUGUGACGCAUUAUGGAGGCAGGAGAGGACUCUGAUUGUCAUGAAAAUUGCCCAGCUCUUCCAGAGAUAAAGGCCAUUAUAGUCGGCAGUAAAGCAGAGUACAAACGCAGUGCAGCUAAAACCAUUUUUGGCCAGAAUGACUGUAAAGUGCGAAAAGAGAUAGUCAAGAGUGAAAAGAAGCAGAAGACAGUUCAGAACAGGUCUGUCACUUUGGUAAUGACACCAGGAUGGUGGAGGAGCUUCACACUGGCAGAGAGUGCUAAGUUUUUAAAGAUGGAAAUUGUGCAUAGUUUAAAACUGUGUCCUGAUCCACAUGCCUUUCUUCUAGUCAUCAAUCUACACAAACCAUUUACAGUCAUGCACCUAAACAGUGUGGUGGAGCACAUGGAGAUUUUUGGUGAGCAGAUCUGGAACCACACCAUUGUUCUGCUCAUGUAUGACAACAAAGAGCAGAGAAAUGAAGAUAGCAAGCAAUUAAUUGAGAGAGCAGGGGACGAACUUGAUAUUGUUAUAAAGAAAUGUGGAAACAGAGUUCAUGUCUUCAAUUAUACUGACAGCAAGGGGAUAAAUGUGGAAAAACUGUUUAAUGAGAUAGAGAGAUUGGUAGCUGAACAUCAAGGACAGUGCUUUAAAAUUGAGAGCAAACUUUUUGAAGAUAUGGAGGAAAAGAGAAGAAACGUGAAGAAACAAGCAGAAGAGAGAGAGAUUCAAGUAAAAACAAAGAUGCAAACCUUGAAAGAACAUCUAACAGAUAAAUUUUUUCCAGAAUUAAGGAUUGUCUUGAUGGGUGGCAAUAUUGUUGGAAAGACCUCAGUGAUGAACACUAUUCUGAAAAUUGAACAAGAUAAGAAAAAAAAUUACACAAAAAAGUGUGUGAUAAGUGAAGGAGAGGUCCACAAGAGAAGAGUCAUUUUAAUCGACACACCUGGAUGGUGGCCGUACGCGUCUGUAAAGGAGACUUCAGAGUCAGUCAAGCAGGAGAUCAUGUCAAGUGUUAGUAUGUGUUCACCAGGACCUCAUGCAGUUUUGCUGGUUCUGCAGUCAGGUGCUGCCUUCACUGAAGCACAGAGGAGGUCUGUCAAGGAGCACAUGGAGCUCCUGGGUCGAAAUGUCUGGAAGUACUGUAUAGUGGUGUUCACCAGGGGCGAAUGGAUGGUCACCAACACAACUGAAGAACACAUUGAGAGUGAAGGAGAGGCUCUGCAGUGGUUGAUCAAUAAAUGUGAAAACAGGUAUCAUGUACUGAACUACAUGGAGCAGGGGGAUAGAGAACAGGUCAGAGAGUUGAUGGAGAAAGUGGAGAUGAUGGCCAGAGAAAACACAGAUCUCCUGACGCCUGUGGAAGGAGCGAUGGAGGAGACUGACAGCGGCUGGGGAUCUAUCUGGUCAGACCAAGACAAGUUAGAGAGAGAAAGCUUUACUCUGGAGCCACCUGAAAUGAACGAAGAAUACAUUGCAAAAUGGCUUGAAAACACAGAAAUUGUAUCUAACUACAGGAACUUAUCAGACUUUUCAAAAGACAUUUCAGAAGAUGUCACACUAAAUCAAGAUCACUGAAGUUUUCAGAGGUAAAUACAGAAAACAGAAAUUGUAAAAUAAAGAAUGCAAUUACAGUGUAUACACUCAAUUUCAUGCAGAAAUGUACAACUAAUUAAAAUGAUUUACUUGCACAACUAAGUUUUGUUUUAAAUUGUAAAUAUGGUUUUUACUUUUGUAAUCACCUCAACCUCAUACCAGUUCCAUUCAUAUUGUAUGUGUAUUAAACACAAAGUCACACAAAUGUAUAUUCUGAUAAUAUACCU